AUGAUCUUUGCAUUAGUCCUGUACCUGACCAUCAGCUUACUUAAUUCUCCGGCAACCGGAGAAACACGCGUCCCAUUUGACAGCCACUACACCGUUGAUUAUGGCCAGGAUCAUGUCCAGUUCCUUGAUUCACAAAGAACCCUAGUUCAACUCUCAGUGGAUAGUGAUUCUGGAGCGAGAUUCAGUUCCAAGGUGAAAUAUGAAUCGGGCUUAUUCGGGAUCUGGAUCAAGUUCCCGCCCGGCAAUUCUGCUGGAGUUGUUACGUCUUUCAACCUGCUUUCUGAAGACAAAGAAUUCGACGGGAUCAACUUGGAGAUUUUGGGCAGCAAUAUAGGUCAAAACUUUUCGAUUCAGACUAAUGUAUUCGUCAACGGGGUUGGAAAUAAAAAACAUGAAAUAGCUCUACCCUUUGAUGCGUCGGAGGAAUUUCAUGAAUACAGCAUUCUCUGGAACUCACAUUUGAUAUUAACAACAGUGCAAUCGGAGUGCGGAUAUCCAUCAAAGCCGAUGAAGAUAUUCACCAGCGUAUCCAACGGUAGCGAUGAUCUGAUCAGAACUGGCGGCGGCCGGAGUCGAAAAAAGAUCGAUUGGCGGGACGCGCCAUUCGCCGCGCAAUUCAAGAGCUUCGAUUAUAACGUGGAUCAGGGAUGUAUUAGUAAUUCGACAACAACAACAAAACACAAGGAAGAAAGAGGAGAUUGCGGAUCCACGAGAAAAGGAGGGUGGGACAAAAUUCGGGACUUGCCAAUUGGCUUAAUUGAUUGGUACGAAGCAAUGAGGCACCUUAUUACUUAUGAUUAUUGCAAUGAUACGAAGAUACACCCAGUUCCUCCCCCCGAAUGCAAAAGCAAUAUUAUAUAUCUGUAAUCAACUUUCCAUCAACCAUGGUUAAUUAUUAAUCCCAUGAACCAUAAAUGAGUAUGUUUUUUAUGUUAUUAUUAUGCUCAAAACCCAUAUACACUUUUGGUUUUUGAUGAAAGGAGAAAUGGAGAAUGCCAUUUUAAUUCUACA